AUUAAUAUCGUUGUUUCUGAUCGAUUUUCUGCUGAGGAUACGACCGCAAUUUCUGAUGAUCGUACUGUAUUCGCAUUUCAUGUUCGAGGUGUUGGCAUAAAAAUUACAAAGAGUCGAUUUCAUCAACAAAUCCAAGCCCAUCUAAGUACUCUCUCUGUGAUGUCUCCACGUUUUCUGGAUCGUACAACGCAGUUACCUUUGUGUCUUGCUAAGACCACGCAGCAGGUCACUGGCAAGCAUCUGCUCUCUAUCAAUCUCUGUAUAGCCGAUAAAUCUUCACCAAAUUUUGAGUCCAUUUAUAGGAACACUCGUCAUCGACUUGAAUGUGAUUUUGACUCUUUUCAGAUUUGUCUGCACCAAGAGGCCUUGGUUUUGAUUAUCGACUAUGUCAAUCGUCUUUUGCCAGCUAUACAUCCGAUCUUAUCUGAACAGGCGCAGGCUGCUGGUCAUUCAGGCAUCAGUCAUGCUCUCGAGGAUCCAUGUAUGCGGGCGAGCACUCUAUCAUUUCCUGCAUCCUCUGAUAUCCAUAGCACUCCUAGUAAUGCGCCUGGUAAGGCAUUUGGCGUUAGUCUUGCAGCAUUGCAGUGGGCAGACCGCCUUGGUGACGCUGAGGGCCGCGCAUUGGCUGCCCUGCGUGUGGGUCGGCAGGUGGAACAUAGGUUAGGCACCAAAGCGGAUCGCCAACUGCCUAUACGUGUGACUCCAGUCAGUGCCAUUAGUAGCAUUUCAGCUAGGAAGGCGGAACGUCGAAAUAUUCGCCUCAAUGCUUACGAGCAAGCCAAGUCAAAAGGUUAG